AAACAGGCAAUCGCAAACAGCAAAUUUUUACGACACGAGUUAUGACUUAUGACACAGUAGCAGACGAAUACGCACGUGAAAUUCAACCGGAAAAUAAAAUAAUAAAUAAAAUGGCAUUAAUGCAGAAAAUUUUACCAUGUUUUCACAUUUCAAGUUUGUACAGAACAUCUAUGUUUCCACUUUUAACAGUGAGGCACUUUACAAACUUCAAUGCCAGUCUUCAACAGGAGGAUGAUCAACCUGCUCAAAAUCUCAGCAAUCCCUACCAAAAGGAGAAACGGUGUUGUAUCUUGUGCAAAUAUGAUGUGAAUGUUGACUAUAAGAAUGCACGCCUGCUAUCUCAGUUUUUGUCUCCCUUUACAGGAAAAGUUUAUGAAAGAAAUAUUACAGGUUUGUGCAAAUCAAAGCAAAAAAUAGUUGAAAGUGAAAUUAUUAAAGCACAAAAUGCAGGCUACUUGGCUAUUAUGUUGAAAAAAGUAGAAUACUUUAAGGAUCCUAAGCUUUGUGAUCCAGACAGACCAGUCAGACCACACCGUUACUAAAAAAGUGUAAUUUGAAUUAUUAUUAGCAUUAUUAAUACAACUUUGAACUAUA